UUGCCCCCAGAUUGGCACGCUCGAUGCUCGGCGCUUCACCCCUGGAAUGGCCGCUCCUACUUUGGCAGUUUCAUCUGCCUUGGCUGGUUGACCCGACGAUUAAUAUGUUGUUCCCCUGUAGUGAUUCUCGUCACGAUGCCAUUCUUCCCACCGGCCUUAUGGCAUUCCCUGCAACUCCUCCCCAUUCACCUCUCAUCCAGUUCCAGUUAACUCCGAUCUAAACCCCCCAUCAUGCGGUUCUUACAUAACUCGAGACUCUAUACAACCGUCCAGGACACCUUCUGGGGCGCGUCCAGCAGCCAGGGAGAUGCCCGCAGGAGCGUCAAAUGGAUUGAUGGCCUGCGCGGCAUCGCCUCGUUCCUUGUGAUCCUUACUCACCUCGCCCGUGCCUGGGACUAUGGUCUGUUUUCUCCAAGAGACACUGAAGUAGUGCCUGCGCGCGUUCUGCAGUGGCCCAUCUUGCGCAUCCCCUGGCAGGGUCGCAUCGGCGUGACUAUCUUUGCCUUCCUCACCGGCUAUGUAUGCAGUCUGAAACCUUUGAAGCUGUCGCGUGCUGGCAACCAUCUGGACUCUUUUACUGCCGUCGCCAAAAGCGCGUUCCGUCGGCCGCUUCGCCUGAUCUUGCCUGCCACCAUCGCGCUGAUUAUCUCGUGGAUUAUGGCGCAGUUCGGAGCCUUCAACGUGGCCAACAGGUCCGACUGUCAGUGGUGUCGAUAUGCGGCGCCUGAUGUCGAGGAGUCUCUCAGCAGCGAAGUCAUCCGACUGGGACGGAACUUCCUCAGCACUUGGACCAACGGCUACAUGGCUUACGAUGAUCACCAAUGGGCACUGCUUCCGCUUCUAAAGGCCUCGAUGCUCGUGUAUGUCCUUGUCUGCGCCACCAUGUUUGUUCGAUUCCGCUGGCGGGUCGUCAUCUACUCUCUUCUGAUUCUGUACUUUCAUCAGGAUGCCUCUAAAGAUACUGAAACCUUCCAAAUUCAAGCCAUCUACGGCCUCUUCCUCGCCGACCUUUCUCAGUCUUCUGUUCUCCCCACUCUCAUCCACGCCCAUCCGUGGCUGCGCCGCUUCUUCAUCCUCACCCUCCUCGUCCCCGUGGGCCUGUACCUCGCCUCUUACCCCGGAGAAAACCCUACCUGGUCGCCCUGGUCCGCCCAGCUCUUCGAACUCGCCACCUACAUCUUCCCCCCCGAAGUCAACAUCGCCAAGCGAUACACGGCCAUCGGCGUGGACCUACUCAUCGCAGCGAUUUUCCUCUCCCCGACCGCCCAGCGCGUCCUCUCCUCCCGUGCGCUCCUCUGGCUCGGCAGGCAGAGCUUCGCCGUCUACCUCCUCCACGGCACUUUGCUGCGCACGGUACUCUGCUGGAUGCUGUAUGGGACUUUCUCAGGCGAGCCUUGGCUGGAGACUAUCGACGAAGAAACCGGGGCCGUGACUUCCCCACCCUGGUUGCCCUUCAAAGGCGGAUGGCGGUGGGGAUGGAUCAUCGUUUGGAUUGGUCUUGUUUACGGCGUUGCCAUGCUGUGGACUCGUUAUGUCGAUCCCUGGUGCGCGAGAAUUACGGCCUGGAUUGAGAAGAAAGUGUCUCAUAAUGAUGAGAAAGAUGGUCAGGAGGAUAUUGAGGUUGGAAGAAUGCGUCGGAUGGCGAUUGAGUAGGUUAGGUUGAUUUGAUUCUGGGCUUGCUCGGUGUUAU